UCAGUUCUCUCUCUCUCCUUAUGAAUAUCUAGUGCAUCAAUGCAUUGCUAGGGUUGAAGAUACCAACAAGUGAUUCAAUAUGGCAGCAGUUGCGAAUAAACAUAUUCACGUCUCCUUAUGAAUAUUUCUUGAAAUUUAAAGAACAUGAAUAUGUUUGUUCGCAACUGCGUCAAUUCAUUCUUAGGGUUCCGUAUCAGUAUCAGUAUGGGUGGGGGUCUAAAGAGUUGAAUAAUUGCAUGUUAGCAUCAUGAAAUUUAAAGGGACUCUCUGAACCAGAUACGGAAUGCUAUGACUAUACUCAGUAGCUACAAGAUUAAAGCCAGCACUGCAUCUGUGUCUGAUGCCAUCUCUACAAACUACAGUGAUUUUACAGCCAACUGUACGUCUAUUCAAGUGCAAAUCCACAAGAGCUUAAUUCCUUGCUCAAGGUCAUAUGCAAUACUGUUGAGUUGCUACAAUAGUAUGACCUUAAAGCCAAUGUAUAACACGAUCUCAGAUGCAGAGUCUGUCAAUCUUGAGAUAAGCAUGGGAUGAUACAACAUGAUCAUUAUGUGGGCAACCACUAAGGAGAUGGAACACAGGCAACACAAGCCGUGAUGUGGUCUUUCCACCUGUUCGUGAAAACUGUUUACAAGAAAGGCAACUUAUGUGUACAUGCACUGCUCUUCUUUGUGUGCUGUGAUAAAAGGAAAUGGUUUCCCUGUCUCGUGCUUCUGUUUCUGAGGAGGAACACAACAAAAGCCUUCUUGAAGUUGGGAAUGAGCUGCUUCAGCAGCCCCCAUCUUCUAAAGAGGAGCUUCUCAAGAAACUUGAUAAGUUAGGGCAUCUUUUGUCACUGGUGAAGCAAAUCCCCUCCAUAUCGACGCGAGAUGCUUUUCGGCCUGCAAUGGAAGCACUAGUUGCAGAUGGACUUCUACGACAUUCUGACAUGGAUGUGAAGGUGUCAGUUGCAUCUUGCAUCAGUGAGAUCAUGAGAAUUACAGCUCCAGAUCAACCAUAUAAUGAUAGCAUACUUAAGGACUUUUUUGAGCUUGCAGUGUUGGCGUUUGGGAAAUUGUCUUGCUUGGAUGGUCACUGUUAUUCAAAGGCUGUCUCAAUUAUUGAAGUUCUGGCAAAGUACCGAACAUGCGUGCUCGUGUUGGAUCUCAUGUUAGAUGCAUUGAUUGUUCAGAUGUUUCAACAUUUUCUGAAUGGUAUAAGGCCGGACCACCCUGAUAAAGUAUUCACGGACAUCAAGGAAAUAAUGACUGUGAUAAUAAAAGAGAGUGAAAACAUUCCAAUGCAGUUUCUGAGCAUCCUUGUGAACAUCCUCAUAAAUAGUGUUAAGAAGGAAAAUCAGAAUGUUUCGCCUCGUUCCUAUGUUCUGGGAGAGAAAGUUCUUCAAGAAAGUGCUGUCAAACUUCAUCCAUAUCUUCCAAAAGUAGUGACGGCCCUCAACAUUUCCUUUAAAAACUAUUCCGAAGUUGUUGAAUUGACAUGGAGAGAGGCAAUGAAAUGUAAAGCUACGGUGGAAAAUGCUCCUGAAGAGCUUGCAGCGCAUGCUGCACCGGAGAGAGUUGUUCCGUUCUUAGAUCAAUCACCUAACUUGCUAGGGAAAGAUGAUCACAAGCAUAAGGACGGUGAUGUCAUUCUAGAGACGGAUACAACUUUAAAGGAAUCAGAACGUGAAAAUGCAAUGAAACAGCAGAAAAGUACCAAUUCAAGGACCACGUCGCGACCUGAAAACUUGGGUUUCACAAAUACAGUCGAAAAGGCUCUAUAUCCAGAAGCUACUCAAACUUCAAAGAAAAGAGGUUGGAAACCUAGUUUUUUGAAUAAACUAGACGAAGGAUAUGAUGAUGCUUGGAUAAGUGGAGAAAGGAGAUCAAAAUCCCAUAUUCUCUCUAAGUGUUGUGGGAAAGAUGCUAAAAAGAGGAGAAGCAGUUCACCUAAAUGUGCAAUCUCCAAUGGUGAAUCAGGAGUUGAGGCAUUGGGUUCUGUCUCAAACACCAAAGAAAUCAAUUUCCCCAAAGCCUGUAAAAAACAACGUAAACAACGUAAAAGGAAGAACUGGUCAUCACAAGAAAAGGCAUUGGGUUCUGUUUCGAUCUCCAAGAAAAGAAACUUCCCGAAAACCUCUAAAUAACAAUGUAAAAGGAAGAACUCCCUAUCACAAGAAGAGGUAAAACAGUUAUUAUUACUAAUUAGAGCUAAUAACAUCAGACAUUCUUCAGUAACUAGUAAGUGAUAGAAAAAUGAAUGUUUUCGUUUGGAAGUUAUGUGGAUUCAGGUAUAGUACUUGUUCUACCCUUUAGUUUUUGGCUUAUUAUGUACGAAAAUUGAGUGGUGCAGGUAUUGGGUUCUGUCUCAAUCACCCCAAGCAAAGAAACUUCCCAAAACCUCUAAAGAACAACGUAAAAGGAAGAACGCACCUGCGACAUUGUUUAUUAUUGAUAAUUUGAGUUAACUUGCAGUUAAUGAGAUUAGAAAACCUUCAUUAAGUGAUUACUAAAGUGAAUCUUCCAUUAAAUUUACCAAUGAGGUUAUUUAUGUGCGGAAACUAGUUCUGCUUUUGUCUAUUUAGCUAAAGAGUUGAGGAUAUUUUCGUUUUUCUAUCUUCAAUGUAUCUGUUCUCUAUAUGUGCUAUAAUCCUGAUGUCAUGGAAUUUUAUAAAGAAGUUAUCAGUUGUAACUGAAGUUAAGACUUUUGACCAAUGAAGAAUCUGAUGUGCGUCUUCUUUAUGCUUCCACCUCGUCUCUGUAUG